AUGAGGCCCGUUGCACCCCGUUGCAUGCACUCUGCGCAGCGCAUUUCUCGAAUCGCCCCUGCCACCCUUCGAAACGCCAAACGUACUCCGUACUACUGGACGAGGGCAGCUCGUAUCGAGAGGCUGAAACAGUCCUUGGUAGUGUGCAACGUGAACCGCCCCACCUUCGUAAAGGUGGCGGGUGGAAGCACAGCACGGGGAGACGACGUCAUGCAUGCUCCCCUGCUGUCAGUAUCGAAGAUGUUCCGCAGCUUGCCCACAGUUGUACUCGGAGGGCUAGGUCUUACCGGAGCACAGGUCGGAUAUGGUGCAAAGCAAGUGGUCAAAGCUGGCAAUUGUAACACAGGGACGGGUCCCCCCCAGAAUAUUCACGAGCUGGGAGCAUCGCAUAGGCGAGCAACACAAGCCGGCAAGUGCAGACGCCUGAUCUUCUCAUUUGCCGGCGCGCAUUCGAGGCUGCCACCCCAUCGCCGUCUGUGUAACCGGGGUGAGGAGUUCGACUUCCCUGACAAUCUGUUCAAGACGAGCCUGGCGUAA